AUGUCGCAUAGGAUGGCGCCGAGCACUCCCAACUCGCGCUCGGCGCCGGAUUACGAGGAAGACGACGAGGAAGACGACGAUGCAGAGUAUGAGGACGAAGAAAUGGAGGAGGAUCAUCAACCACCAACGAAACUGCCGCCGGCGCAACCACUGAGACCGGCGCAGUCUUUUGGUGUAUCGAUACUGGCCAGCAGUCCGCCGCGAGGACUCAAGCGAAGUCGAAAUGGCGAAGCUCGAGCACAGACGGCCUACGCGAACGAGUCCAAGAGGAAAUACAUGGAGAACAAGAACAGGGUCAGGCUGGAGGAGAGCGACGAGGUUAUUCUGCAAAGCGAGCGCAUAAUCUCAGACAUGUUUGCGAGGAUCGAUUCUCAGCCGUCGCAGAGCGGGCCCAUAUUCACUGACACCGCCGCCCAGUUGACCAAGCUAUGGCGGGCAUCGAGUGAUAUUGCUACCAAGUCUGCCUCUGUUGGUCCAAAAUCCAGCAAGCCUUUCACCAACGCCAACUACCUCGCAUCGCUUCUGCUACAAUUGCACUAUCCGCAUACGUAUUCGCCGCGACAAGCUGGUUCACGACCGUCUAGAGCAAUUGUACCGGCCUCAGAGCCUCAGCAGACCAUACCUCUACCCCACGCACUUCUGAACUGGCUGAACACCUACCACAACCCAUUUGGAGACGAUUUCGACGAGAUCCAUCUGCACCAGCCAUCGCCGAGCGAUCACGAGUCAUUUUGGGAUGUGCUGUAUGCGGCUCUUUUGCGAGGAAAGCUCGACCGGGUUGUACGACUGUUGAAAGAUGCCGGCUGGGAAAAUGCUUACACGGCCGAGGAUGAUGGUGCGAGCAAUGGAUACACGGACCAGGAGCUCGACAACGUCGAUGAGGUCGUGACACAAUGCAUACAAGUUUUGGAAGCCUGUCCAGGAUACUGCGACCAAGACUGGGACACGAAAUCCUUCGAAUGGACUACUUUCCGUCAGCGAGUGCGACACACAUUAGAAGAGCUUGAGUCUUUCUGUGAAGGUGACGAUCUGGGACAGUCUCUUGGGGAGAGCAAUAUCUUCCAGCGCAGCAUGGGCAACAGCCUUAAUAUGUCUACGGCCAGCCGCAAAGCCUCGAGCAGGGUUCCAUGGUCCAUUUACCAAAACCUGAAAUUGCUCUAUGGUAUGAUGCUCGGAGAGCCAGACGACAUUAUCAUGACUGCACAGGACUGGCUGGAGGGCUCCAUCUACUUGACAGUCUGGUGGGAUACUGCCGACGAGGAGCGCAGUGCGAACACAGCUAGGAGCCGGGCGUCGCGCCAGCGAGAGGUAGACGUUGCGCCGCUGCAGACAUACAGGAAGCGCCUCGCGGACGCAUUCGCUCGUGUGCAAGAGCAACCGGCAGAAAUCGAUGAACAGGGACGGGAAAUGAAGAAUGUCUUCAUACCAGACUUCACUGAUCAUACCCAGCUUGGUUUGGCGUGCAUCUUGGAAGAAAAUAUCGGUGGCGCGAUCUUUGCCUUGCGCCGCUUCAGCAUAUUAAUAUCGGUCUCGGUGGUUGAGAUUGCUGCUUCAGACCGAUGGCUGCCAACAACUCGAGGAGGCUUCGCGGACCAAGGCUUUGAUAGGGAAGAUCUUCUUUUGCUUUCGCAAGCACCGACACAGUUAUCGCCUACGGAUCAGGACAGAGAUGAGAUACUGGAGCAAUAUGCAGAGCUUCUCUUCGAGAAACCCAGCAUCGGUGACAAAGAAGGUUGGGAACUCGCAGUCAACAUUCUGAGCCGCCUGGACCAGCAACGCGAGGCGAGCACUCGCAUUGCAGAUCUCUUAGAGAAGCUCGAACUGUCGACGGAAGAGACCGUAGACAAAGUCCUCAACGUGUGCGAUCAGCUCGGACAGUCCGACCAGCGCAAGGCGAUUGCUGAACGCUACGCCGACAAGCUCGCCGAGAACGAUAACCAAGUCUUCGGCCCAGCGCUCAUCUACUACGCACGUGCACAUGCUGAGGAGAAGCUCAAGGCUACUGUUUCACACAUAACCUCGCUGUGUUUGCUGCACUCCAUUGCGAUGCCCGACCAUCGUCUGAUUGACGCCAAGCUUUCACAACUGAUCACUAAAGACCGACCUGCUCUCAAGCAACUUGGACACGUCGAUUUGGAAGCCGCCACCCUUCUUUCGAAGCACCUCAGUGGCUACGCAACAUUGCGUCGCUUUUACGAGCUACGAGACCAGGGAUUCGUCACUGAAGCAACCACUCGUGCGGCGGGACCUCUCGAGCGCAAACGCCAAGCCGCUGCAUCAAUAUUCGCAGUAAUAAAGUCUGCUUCUGAUUGCAUUCCAGGCGGUCUUUUCGAUCAAGAAGCCGAGACCGUGGUCCCUGUUGAUGGCCUCUUAGCCCUUUUCGGCGAAACACUCCCACUUUUAGGCCAGAGCCAGCGCAUCUUCACUCAACACCAAGUCUUCUCUCUGCUCGGCGUUUUAGAAGAUUUCAUCGCCGCGCCACGCCGCAUUCGAGAAAAUGCUGAGAGCCUACUGUCAGCAUCUCUCAAUGCGUAUCGAGAGGAGACGAGUACUGCAUCCGGACCGUUCAAGAAACAGAAAAGCAAUUUCAGUGAAAGCUCGAGCUGGGAGAUGUUGGCUUCGAAUAGCAUGAUUGCUUCAAGAGAGGCUUUGAAGAAGGGCGAGAAAAUGCAAAGAGCUUGGGAUUGGAGGCAAGGACUGGUACAGAGUGGAAUUGAGGCGAGUGAGAUGUCAGUUGUCAAGUUGGUGAGAGAAGCAUUGGUGAAGGAAGUCGCUAGUGGCUGGGGCGGAAAGUUGAAUUGGUAGGAUAGACCUGGUAAUAUGAGACGAGACUUGCCAACG